CUCAAGUGAAGUGCUUGGAAAGAGACAAACAAAAACAUUUUUGCAAAAAUGAAAUUCUUCGUAGUUUUGGCUAUCGUUGCUGCUGUCAGCGCUGAUGUUGCACACUUGGGAUACAACUAUCCAAAUCAACCACAACCAUCGUUCGAUGCUGCACCAAGCUUCUCCGCUCAAUUGAGCCAACCAAUCUCUGCACCAACACAAAGCUACUUGCCACCUCAGCAAUUCUCUGCCCCAGCCCCAGCUCCCGUUUUUGCCCCAGCUCCAAGCUACUCCGCUCCAGCUCAAAGCUACUCCGCUCCAGUUCAAAGCUACUCCGCUCCAGGUCCAAGCUACUCCGCUCCAGCUCAAAGCUACUCCGCUCCAGGUCCAAGCUACUCCGCCCCAGCUCCAAGCUACUCCGCUCCAAGCUUCAGCGCUGAAUUGAGCCAACCAAUCUCUGCACCAACACAAAGCUACUUGCCACCUCAGCAAUUCUCAGCCCCAGCCCCAGCUCCCCUUUUUGCUCCAGCUCCAAGCUACUCCGCUCCAGGUCCAAGCUACUCUGCCCCAGCUCCAAGCUACUCCGCUCCAAGCUUCAGCGCUGAGUUGAGCCAACCAAUCUCCGCACCAACCCAAAACUAUUUGCCACCACAACAAUUCUCUGCUCAAUUGAGCCAACCAAUUGCUGCCCCAGCUUCAUUCCAACCAGAGCCAGCCGCUAGCUACAACGACAACGAUGGCUACAGCUACAAAACUCCAUCAUCAGCUUUCUAAAUACGUUAGGCGUUAAUGAAUGUACAAACACAUAUGUGAAUGGAAAAAACAAA